AGAAAAGUGUAAGGUAGCAGUAAAAUGUUCAUAGCAGGAAGAUGGAAAAAGAUAACUAAUUUUAGCACCUCCCACACCUAUUGGCACCACUGGUAAAGAUGUGUAAAAAGCCUCCAAAUACAUGAACCCUUUGUUGCGACAGCAUGAUCUCUCACCGCAAACUUCUAAUGAACGUAAUAUUUCGUUCGAAUGCAGUUAUGUAGUGGAACGGGAAAAACAAUGCAUAAUAAUUACCUUUCAGAAAAUGCCUGGUUUUACACUUAUUGACACCUCUCCUGUUAAUUUUUGAACAGAACUUAAUGGUCUCAUUUUACAUAUAAAGUGAUUGGAGCCCACUGAGCGAGGGAGAUAUUUCUCCAUUCCUCUUUCUACAGUGUCUCUAUACAUUCAGAUGUGUAUUUUCUUCCCUUCAGUUCACUCCACAAAUGUUCUCAAUUAUCUAGCUUUGGGGACUGAGAUGGUGAUGGAGUUUAUGUUUUCUUUCUGUUAAACCUUUUCUUUUGAUUUGGCUUUUUGAUAGCUAUGAUGUCAAAAACCCAAUAAUUACUGAUCUUAAAUUGCCUGGUGGGGUCUCAGAAACACUCAGGUGUUUCAAAGAGCCACACGCUCCAAAAAGACUUCACACACCUUUAGGAUGGAGACAGGGUCACAGCAUCACAGAUCAUCAAAAUUCACAAGAUAAACUAAACUUUAAAGUAAUAUUUACCUUUCUGUGUGUUUGGUUAAUAUUGUUAUGGUGUGAAAGGUGGCUAAUAAAAACAAAUCAUCACACCAUACUCCCUAACCCCGGCCCACUGAAAGCUGUGCGUAUUUAUACUCAAAUCUGUCCGUGUAUGUGGCGUUCUCAAUCAGUCCAGUUCGUCCUUUGGUUAAUGCAGAUCUCUUGACUCGCAUUUUGCUGCAGUACAUUUGACGGUACAUUUCCCUUGUGCAAAACAGCUAAACAACAUAAUUAUUAACUAUUAACAUAAUUGUAUCCCCCUACAAUAUCCUUUCACAUCACCAAUUCUCUUUGAAGGCAAAGCAGAUCCAUCCAUCCAAUAUAACAAAAGGAUUUAUGAGUUCUCCAUCUGGAAUUAAAAGCCAUUGCUACCAAUCUCAAAUGUGCCCACCUAUUAAAGUGUGUUGAAAUGAAUGGGCAAUAUUUUAAGCAGCGCGUUUCGCUAUUCCAUUCCUAAUUUACAUCUGUUUCACAGUUGUCAAGAGCUCUGCGACGAGAUCUGUUAACAAAACAUCACCGACAGCUUGGAAAUAAUUUACAAUUCCACUGAAAACUGAUUAACCGUCCAUACAGUUGCUUAUUACAUGUCUGUGCUACAUAGAAAGACAACCAGACACACAGUUCAGAGAUCAAGAGAAACUCUGGGUCUGGACCAAACCCGUUGGUAUGUUGAAUGAACAAUGUGCCCAGAAAGAGCUUCCACCGGAGGUGGAGGAGAGAGGACACUGGGGGAGCAAGGUGGAGUUUCUCCUGGCCGUGGCUGGAAAUGUUGUUGGCUUCGGCAACGUCUGGAGGUUUCCUUACCUCUGCUACAAAAACGGAGGGGGUGCAUUCUUGGUGCCAUAUCUGGUUUUUGUGGUGACCUGUGGUGUACCUCUGUUCCUGCUGGAAACAACCAUGGGCCAGUACACCCAGGAGGGGGGCAUCACCUGCUGGAGGAAGCUGUGUCCGCUAGCAGAAGGUAUAGGCUUUGGAGGGCAGCUGAUCCUCUUCUACAGCUGCAUGACGUACAUCAUUAUUCUGUCCUGGGCUUUGCUCUAUUUCGUCUUCUCCUUCAGCUCCCAGCUCCCCUGGGCCAGUUGCAACAACUACUGGAACACAGAGGACUGUGUGGACUUUUCAACAAACAGCACCUUCCAGUGGGCCAACAGGACUAAUUCCACCUCAGCGGCCACAGAAUUCUGGGAACGCCGUGUCCUGGCUAUCUCAGGGGGAAUUGAGGAGGUGGGCAGCAUCAGGUGGGAGGUGCUGUUGUGCUUGAUUGUAAUGUGGAUCAUCUGCUACUUCUGCAUCUGGAAAGGAGUCAAGUCCACAGGAAAGGUGGUGUACUUCACUGCCUCCUUCCCGUAUGUCAUGUUGGUAAUCCUUUUGAUUCGAGGACUGACUCUUCCCGGCGCUCUUGAAGGAGUAAUUUUUUACCUUCUUCCUGAACCGUCACGACUCACCGAUCCUCAGGUGUGGAUGGAGGCCGGCGCGCAGAUCUUCUUCUCCUACAGUGUUGGGGUCGGCUCUCUAACCGUACUGGGCAGCUACAACAAAUACAAUAACAACUGCUACAGGGACUGCCUGUGGCUGUGUUUCCUGAACAGUGGCACCAGUGUUGUAGCUGGGUUCGCCGUGUUCUCAGUGCUGGGUUUCAUGGCUAAUCAGCAAGGCAUCCCCAUUGCAGAGGUGGCUGAGUCAGGUCCAGGCCUGGCAUUCAUCGCAUACCCUCAGGCGGCGGCCAUGAUGCCUCUGCCCCAGCUCUGGUCCAUCUGUUUCUUCGUCAUGCUCAUCCUCUUGGGUCUGGACACACAAUUUGUCGCCAUGGAGGUGGUGAUGACGUCCAUCAUUGACAUGUUUCCCAGAAUUAUGCGACGGGCAGGACGCCGGGAGAUCUUCCUCCUGCUCUUCUGUCUGAUUUGCUUCUUCUCUCAACUUGUCAUGAUCACCGAAGGAGGGAUGUUUCUGUUCCAGCUGUUUGACUACUAUGCAUGUAAUGGAGGCUGCAUCCUCUUCCUCUGUGUGUUUGAAACUCUGUCAAUGGGCUGGGUGUUUGGGGCAGAUCGGUUGUAUGGCAUCAUAGAGGAUAUGACGGGGGUGAAGGCCAAUCCUUUCUUCAAAAUCUGCUGGCUUUACCUCACACCACUGGUCUCACUGGGAUCUUUCAUAUGUUCCUUAGUCGAGUAUCAGCCUCUGACCUUUAAUCGGUGGUACGUCUACCCCUCCUGGGCUUAUGUGUUGGGCUGGGUGCUGGCCCUCUCCUCCAUCCUGCUUGUGCCUGGGUGGGCACUUUAUAAGAUGAUGACUGCAAGCGGCACACCUAGGCAGCGCCUCCAGUUCUUGUGCCAGCCUGCUCUAAGUGACUCACCAACUCAAAUAAGAGGAGCUGAGCUGCAAAACAAGGAUGUUGGCCUGAUGCAGCCAUUCAUGGCCAACUGACAGCAGACGUACAGACUGAUGUAGAUGGAACUCCUAAAAUUACAAUUUAACACGUCAACCAGCUUCACCUGUUGCUCUCCUGUGAUGUAAAACAGCCACAAAUGAAAUCCGCUUCACGUAAUCACCUUUAGAAAUAACCCUCAUUUUAACAGCACUGCCUCAACUGUGUUCAAAGUGACUCAGAGUUUGUUGUUUUUUUACAUUCUUCAAAUCUGCUCUUUAUGAGGUUUCAUUCUGAACUUUCUUUUCAGUGUUCAGUAUUUAACUUACAGUAGCACAAGUGUUUCUGUGAGAAGCGUACUCAGAGUGGAACAUGUAAUGUUUUCUGAUAAUUAAGUGCAAAAUGGGUUAAACUAGUAAUAAAUAAUAAUAAAUAAAUGCUUUUUUAUUCAUUUUCACCUUGUGUUGCAAAGACCUGAAACACUUUACAAGUUUCAAACAGCAGAAUCACUGGUUGUCCACAGCUUUCUACUACUUCAUGUGUCAAUAAAUCAACAGCUUCUGUGCAAAUAACCGUUCAGUGCAAACUUUCCCCAUUUAUAUUUUCUUUUCAGAAAGAAAAGAUGUGCUGUAAGUAUAUUAUCACCUUAUAGACACACGUAGCUUCAGCCAUCCAUUGGAGCACCAACUAGUCUGAAUUUACUCUAAGACGUCACAUUACCUUUGACAGAGCCUCACUUCAAAAAUCCUGAAAUAUUCCCUUAAAUCUUAAGUUCUCUGAAUCUGGUCAUUUAAGGGCAAUAAGAAAGGGGAAUUAUAAUUAAAGUCAACAGAAAAUCAUAUUAGUGUGUUUAAAAAACACAGAAUUUGGAUACAAUUACAUAUUUGGGAUACAAUUACAUAUUUGAAAUAACAGGAAAACAGUAUUCUUAUCCAUCAACAAAUUAUAUUUCUAUGUGUGAUUUAUUAGAACCCACACAGUUUUUCUCCAUGGGUAGAUGAGACACAUUGUAGAAAUAUUCAGACACACAAACAUUAGAGAAACUUUUCACAAACUGCUUUAUUUAAAUAGCUUACAAUUCUGAAAAAUUCUCCAAAAACCUCUUGAAAUGUGAAAACUUUGGCCAUCAGGCCUGCAUGUUGCAUCCUCAAAUAAUACUUUUACUCCCAGCUGUUUACUGACCAUUAUUUAGGUAAAAGCUUUUUGUAUCAGUUUAUGAUACACUGAAUAGCAUUAUUAUUAUAAUUUUACAAAAGGGGACAAUAGAGACAUAGCAUAAAUACAAUUCAUGUUACAUCCAAAUAAGAUUGUUUUUUAUUUUUUGCAUCUUAUGAGUUUUCAUUAAUUUAGUCUCAGCUCUAAACCAAUUCCAAUAUGCUUUAGUACUCAAUGGAAGUACGAGAAUGAGAGUUUUAAAGGUCAUCCCUCCACUGUUAAUAACCGCUUGUCCUUGCAACACCUAAUCUCCAAUAAACACAGUUAAACUUUCAAACUUACACUGAAAAGUGUUUUAAAUUAGUGAAGUAAAAGUCCAAAAACCAAAGAAAACUGUGAAAAAUCACAAAAAACAGUCAGCAGAGAUGACAGCUGCUACAAGAGAGUAUGGUUCAUCUAAUGAUUUUGAAAUGCUGCUCGUUUAUUCUGUGCAUGUCUUAAAAAGAGGUUAAGCAAAGUGAUCACAUAUCAUUUGAAGCGCACUGUAGCAUUAUUAAAAAAAGCCUACAAUACACAAUGACACACAGCAAACCAAGCUCAGACUAUCAACACACACACAAAAAUACCUGACAAGACGCUUUGCUAUAGACUACAUAAGCGACUGAGUGACAGAUACUUGGUAUCUUGGAGCAAAGAAACAAACAGUGAAGUAGUUUAACAUCCAGCUGAGGCUGGUUGACAGACUGCCCACCGUCUUCAUCUGUAACAAACUGACUCCAACAACAUUAGAUGUAGCUGUGAUUCAUUUUAAAAACUAACGCGGUCUAAUGUUGCUUAUAAAGGUUGAUGUUAAACUGUUUAGUGUAUAUUUUAGUGAUGGGUGGUUCUGCUUAUCCCCUGACAGUAUAUUUGUGGCAUGAAAUUGACACAGUAAAAAAAAAAAAAAAAAAA